AAGGCAAUAGAGGUUUGUGUGGCUUGGCUUGCACAAUUUCUCUCACAUAUAAACUUCAUUUUUCUUGGAGAUCUCUUGUUUCAGGUCUCUUUGUCUCCGGAUUCACAGCUUUUUCUCCCGAUUUGAGCACAGCUUAAUUCAGAUAAUAUUUCUUAUUUGCUUGUUGGUUACCUGUGUUCUACUUCGGACAGCCAAGUUUCAUGUCUGAAUUCAACGUGCAGAUUCCAUCUGCUUUUGACCCAUUUGCUGAUGCAAAUGCUGAGGACUCAGGAGCUGGGUCAAAAGAGUAUGUUCACGUGCGCAUUCAGCAACGCAACGGGAGAAAAAGCCUGACAACUGUCCAAGGAUUGAAGAAGGAGUUUAGUUAUAACAAGAUACUCAAGGAUCUGAAGAAGGAAUUUUGCUGUAAUGGCACAGUUGUGCAAGAUCCUGAGCUAGGCCAGGUUAUACAACUUCAGGGAGACCAAAGAAAGAAUGUGUCUACCUUCCUUGUGCAGGCUGGCAUUGUGAAGAAGGAGAACAUCAAGAUUCACGGUUUCUAAAAAGCAGCACGAUCGAGUUCUAUUUCUGUUUACAGCAGCUUAACUGGUAGUAGUGGACAUUAUAUACCUAUCUUCUUUAGAACUUGAAGUGAGUGCCUGUUACAUUACAACUCUUGAUCCAUGUACGUUAGCUUUGCUUUGUUAUGCAGACGAAGUUAUGGAUCAUUGGUCCCUUUAAAUUAAAUGACAUGUUGUCUGUUUUCUUGUCACGCGACGUUCGACCUAUCUUUUUCUUGAAUGUGAUUGGCUGGAUGUUAACCAGCACUAGAUAUA